AAUAUGGACACCGUCAAGGAAUACGUUGGAUAUAUUAAUCCUCAUUGGGUAGCUAUAGUUUCAGCAGGAAUGUACACUUAUCUCAGACACAUAUGUAUAGUCGGUUUGUGUUUCGAAGAGGAAAAUAAUCCACCUUUUGAUCCGUCUUAUUCUUCGAUACUUUUCGUUUUCUCGGCUUUAUGCCUUGUUGCUGAGUACAGACUCUGGCCAAGAUCAUUGAAAGAACCACCGAUACAACUUCUUUAUAUUUACGAGAUGUUGGUGGCUGCUUUGGCAACAAAUCUUGUAACUCGAGCUAUCUGGCUACCAUUGAUGCAUGUAAUAUAUUGCUUAACACAAGAGUCGAGUAAAUGGUUACUAUGGUUAAACACGACGAUAGGUUUGAGUCGUUAUUCGUUUGUGACGACAUUUGCUUAUUAUCUGGCCAAGGAAAAUGCGGCUACACAUAUGGCUUUUUGCCUAUCUUUAUUGUCUUUCGUGUGGAUGUUGGAUGCCACUGAAUCACUGGACACAAUUUUGGAUAUCUGGGCCAAGUAGUAAAAUAAAGACAAAAUAGAUCGAAGAAAUAUUUAAGGAACCUUUGGAAUCUCACAAGUUUUUCGAGAAAAGGAUCUCUUUUCGAAAUCCCGAAGUAACGGAUUGGUUUACUUACAGACUUGCGAAUAAACCUGAUCCAUAAAAAAAUCAAAGAUAUUAUUAAAUCAAUGUUAUUCGUUAUCUGUCCUAUCGUCCUGUUUCACGUUUGUGUCUCACAAAUAUGUGAUACCUUUGUCCUACUGAUAAAAAAUAAAA